UUUCACAAUGGCAUUGUUUGUUUUUGCCUGUGUUGACUCUUCAUUCUGUGAAUUCACCACCUAGUGCUGACUUGUUUGUGUUUGAAAUGUCAGUGCUUAUUCUUUUCUUAAUUUUCUUAAAUUCUAGCCUAGUGACUGACACUAAUGACAGGAAAUGAUUAAUGAAUGGGACCUUGCUGAGAAUGUGUCACAUUCUCAUGUUUGCAUGGAGCUGAUGACAUGCUGCAUUACUGGCUUUCAUACAUUUUCUGUCACUUUAAUUGUUGUAACACUAAAGCUUGGUACUUGGUCUGCAAUUCCAGUUUAUAAAUUUCAGCUCUUUGAUAAAAUGCUUCAGUGAGACAACUGUCAGCAGCUGCUAAUAAGAUAAUCACUUUUAGUAAACUAUUUCCUUCACUACUUAAUUAUUUUUUUAAGGUGUGAUAUACUCUUACAAAAAUCUGUCCUGUCUCUUGUAAAGUUUUUUUGAGAACUUUUGGUGGAAGAAUUAAGACUGCGUUACAUGGAAAUGAAGAAAAAGGGGAGACUUCUGCAGGCUGCUCAGAGAGGGGAGAUGUGGUGGGGAGUUGAUAUUCCCUGAGGCAUUUUAUGGCAGACCAAACUGUGGUGUCUGCUCUGGCCUCCCUGAAACUGCUCUGAACAGUGACAGUCAGUGACAAACUUUGCUUUACUUCAGGCUUGUAACAUGGCAGUUUUUUCUAUUUAAAAGUACUGGUAGGUGUACUGAAGCUCUGAAAAGGAUUUGAAAUGGCCAUAGUUGUGCAUCAGGUUGUUGGAACUCUCGAAGAAAAUCUGGAUUGGGGAUUUCGGUGUCUUGGCUGGAUCACAAAGUGGUGGCUCCUCCCGCCCAGGGCUUCCCUGUUUGGUGCUGCUUUGCUGCCCUUAUCUUGUAGCAAUAUUGGAAAAACCUGCCAGCGAGGUUUUGAGCCGGCUUGUUUGGCAAGUGUGGGCCACACCUCCGCUCUCACGGCUGGAGCACAGCCCAGUCCUGCGCAAGACUGGGAUGAGCCCCUGGCAAGCAGCGCUUCGCAGCCGGGCGCCCGCCGACUCGCCUUGCUCUCUGGCUUUCCCUGUCAGACUGUCUGCAGAGACAGCAGGACAUCUUCUCCAUGUUCCAUGAGGUGCUGCGGGGCCCAUUUCCGCCCAGAGUGCUGCCUUUUCUGGCAGCGGUGCUUUUCCAAAGGAAGGAGAGGAAAGACACUGGGUUCUGUCACUGGCGGUGGGAAAAGCACCCUUACUACAACCUAACAGUGAAAGUCCUCCGAGCCAGAAACAUCAAGGGUACAGAUGUGUUGUCCAAGGCAGACUGCUAUGUGGAACUAAAGCUGCCCACUGCGUCUCCCAAUGUCUCCCGAACUCAGGUUGUUGACAACUCUGAGAACCCAGAAUGGAAUGAAACUUUCCAGUAUCGGAUCCAUAGUGCUGUCAAGAACAUUCUGGAGCUGACCCUCUAUGAUAAGGAUGUCCUUGUCAGUGAUGAGCUCACCUCUGUCAUCUUCGACGUGGGGGGCAUGAGGCCAGGGGAGCCCCUGCUGCGCACCUUCAGCCUGGACCCCGAGGCUAAUGAAGAGCUGGAUGUAGAGUUUUUCUUGGAGAAAUGCUCAGAUGCCCCUACAGAAGUAUUGACCAAUGGAGUCCUUGUGGUUCGUCCUUGCUUGUGUCUGCAAGGCACUGUCAACAAAGAGGAAAACGCCAAAGAGAAACAGCAAGGAUGCUGUGAGGUCAAGGUGUCUGUCCCAGGGGCAUAUCAAAAGCAGUUGUCUAUUCCUUGGACACCAGACAAUGAGAAGGAUUAUGGAACCUCAUUUGUCUUUCAUGUGGAUAAAGAAAUGUGUCCAGAACUGCAAGUGGAGUUGCAGCAAACUAUGUCUGUCCUACAGGAUGGUGUGAACCCUGAUAUUGAAAAGCACACUACAGUUCUGGGACUGGGGACUCUACCAGUUAAUUCCCUUCCUAUUGGAGAAAAAGUUGAUAGAAUCCUUUCUUUGGGAGAGGGAAAAAGUUUGGAUAUGAGUUUGAAAACUGAAGAGAGUUCUUGGGAUCUUGAUAUACGUCUUGGUUUUGAUCUCUGUAAAGAGGAGAGAGAAUUUUUGGACAAAAGGAAGAAGGUAGUUUCUGAGGCACUGAGGAAGACUCUUCAAUUAAAAGAAUCCCCUCCAAAAGAUGAGGUUCCAGUCGUGGCAGUGCUGGGCUCUGGAGGUGGGAUGAGAGCACUGACAUCCCUCUAUGGCAGCCUGGCUGGGCUGCAGCAGCUGGGCCUUCUGGAUGCUGCAAUAUACCUCUGUGGCAUUUCUGGCUCCACUUGGUGUCUAUCAACACUGUAUCGAGACCCUGACUGGUCACAGAAAGACCUUCAAGAUGCAAUCAUAAGAGCUCAGGACACUGUGUCCAGCAGCAAAGCAGGGGCAUUUUCCCCAGAACGACUGAAAUACUAUUUCCAGGAGCUGAAUGCAAUGGAGAUCACUGGACGGAAAGUUUCCUUUACAGAUUUGUGGGGCCUUAUUGUGGAAUAUUUCCUGCAACAAGAGGAAGAUUCAUCAAAGCUGUCUGAUCAGCAAGAAGCAGUGAAAUGGGCCCAGAACCCUUAUCCUAUCUAUGCAGCUGUCAAUGUGAGACCCAAUAUGAGCAGUGGUGACUUUGCAGAAUGGUGUGAGUUCACUCCCUAUGAAGUUGGAUUUCGCAAAUAUGGAGCUUUUGUUCGGACAGAGAAUUUUGACAGCGAGUUCUUCAUGGGACGGCUUGUCCAGAAACAUCCAGAGCCCAGGAUUUGUUUUCUACAAGGAAUGUGGGGCAGUGCCUUUGCUGCAAGCUUGGAUGAUAUCUGCCUGAAGGUGGUUGGUAUAGGACUGAGCUUUCUAGAUUCUUUCAAAGAUGUUAUCAAAGUUGUAGAUGACUGCCGAAGAUUCCAUUUCCGAGACCCAGCACGGCUGAAGACCCGCUUGGUUACACCUGGGGGCCCGCUGUUACAAAUUUUUCAGGAUUUCUUCAAGUCCCGUGUCACAUGUGGAGAAACCUUCAACUUCAUGAAGGGAUUGUAUCUUCAUAAAGAUUAUGUUAACAUCAAGAAAUUUGUGACUUGGAGAGGUACUCACGUGGAUGCAUUUCCCAACCAGCUGACUCCCAUGGAAGAGAGCUUGUAUCUAGUGGAUGGUGGCUUUUCCAUCAACUCUCCAUUUCCUUUGGUACUUCAGCCAGAGAGGGAUGUGGAUGUUAUCUUGUCAUUCAAUUUUUCCUGGGAAGCUCCAUUUGAGGUUUUAGAGCUGACUCAGAAAUACUGUGAGGAGCGGGACAUUCCUUUUCCAAAAAUCAAAUUUAGUGAGGAAGAUGAAAAGAAGCCAAAAGAGUGUUACAUGUUUGUGGAUGACAAUAAUCCAAAGGCUCCAAUUGUACUCCAUUUCCCACUGGUGAAUGACACCUUCCAGAAAUACAAAGCUCCAGGAGUUGAACGUGAGUCAGAAGAAGAGAAAUCCUUUGGUGACUUUAUCAUUGAGUCAAAAGAUUCCCCUUACCGUACCCUAAACUUCACCUUUGAGCCAUAUGAUUUCAGCAGGUUAGUGGAAGUGAAUCGCUACAAUGUUCUGAACAACAAGGACACUCUCCUCAAAACCCUAAACUUGGCUCUGCAAAGGAGGAAGUUGAAGAAAGUCACCAAUAAGUCAAAUACAUGAGCAGUUUCCAAGGCUGAGGAUACCGAGAGGCUGCAGUGUACAAAAGCUGUGAGGUUCAAGACAGAACACUGAGACUGAGCAGCUGGAAACUCUCUUCCUGAGGAGGAGUAGUACACCUGACACUGAAAACUCAUUCCAGGUUAUGCCUCUGAUGAAAACCCAAGGGAUGUACAGUACAACAUGGAUGUUGCUUCCUCGUGUGGAGAAGAGUGAGGAAUUACCCAGCUCAAAUCACAGUGGCUGAUUCCAGAUGAUUUGAGAGGUCUAUACAAACCAUUCAAGCAUCUGGAGAAUAAUCUUCCAGACUCUGCUGAGUGAUGCACCUCUUUUUGUCAGAGGUGUGUUGGUGUUUGAGGAAACAGAUUCCUUCUAUGCUUUUAUAUCUUGCUUUAGAACCUCCCUUCAGGAACUUCUACAAUUUAUGUCAUCUUAAGAAGAAUUCCACAGAUAAAAAUGACACACGAGAGAGGAAAUGUCUCCUCUGGCUUUCACCUUGCUCCUGGCUGAUGUCCAUGUGCUUUCAAGACUAAACUGUCAGUACCUGCUUGCCAUUUUGCCAUUCAUAGUUUCAGUUUCCUUCUUACCCUUCUCAAGGAUUUUAAUGGCUUUUAUUCUCCCUGAGAUUUUAUACAGAGUAUCUUAUUUUGGUAAAAAAAAAAAAAAAAAAAGUUUGGUAAACAAGGAAAUAAACAUCUUUCAUAUUUAACAAUAAAAAGCACAUUGUGGGAUUUUGUUACUACUUCGUAUAGUUUGAUCAUUGUGAAAUGAUGAAACUAUGAUGAAAAUGCCAUAAGUCUCAGCUUUCUCUUUCUGUGUAAGAGGAAGGAAGGCUCCUUUGAAGGGUUUGAAUUAGAUAUUUUUUCCUUACCCUUCAGCUUAUAAUUCACCCAGACCUUUGUUGAAGGAGUUUUUGUGUCUAUGUAUUUUAGAAAUGUCAGUAGUCAAGGUAGGUACACCUUAUGAAUAUGAAUUAAUAAAAUAAUGUAAGAUGCUGCUACGCUGUGGGAUAGGAUUCACCUCACUUUGCAUAAAGUGAGAAAAGUACUGAGUUAUGCAGUUGGAAAAUAUGUAAUGCAGAACAGUGGCAAACAAGAACUUUUGUGGCUUUUUACAUUUUUGCACUUUUUAGCACUUACUUUUAUGGCUUUUCUAUCGAGCUGAAUGUACCAAUUCUGGAUUUAGUACUGAGGACAAGAGGUUUGUCCUAUGAAAUUAUGUGAGGGCUUAUAGAUCAUUCUUAAUGCAUUUUUAAUGUGUUCCUCUUCUAAUAAAUAUUAGUUUUGCUGA